AUGCCUACUGGAACUUGUAAUAUAUAUUUUAGCUUUGGGAUUCAAAGAUCGGUGCGCUGGUACAGGAUAUUGAUAUUUGAAUAUCAUACUUUCAAUCGCAGGAGAUGGAGUUAUCUACCAUUGCAGGGCAAAGCAUCCCAACUUUCCCUCUCUAUUCAACUGCUGAGAAAGCCAUUCCCCUUUUAGGCUUUGGCACAGCUGAAUACCCUUUCGGUGCUUCCAUUCAUACCCUGAAAGAAACCAUUCUCGAGGCUAUCAAAUUGGGGUACCGUCACUUCGAUACUGCUGCUAUUUACCUAUCUGAGCAGCCUUUAGGUGAAGCAAUAUCAGAUGCUCUUCGUUUGGGGUUAAUCAAAUCCAGAGAUGAACUCUUUAUCACUUCCAAGCUCUGGUGCAGCGAUGCACACCAUGACUUUGUUCUCCCAGCUCUCAAGAAAACACUCCAGAAUUUGAAGCUGGAGUAUCUUAAUCUGUUUCUAAUUCACUGGCCACUGAGUUUGAAGCCAGCCAAAUAUGAAUUUCCUUUUCAGAAGGAGGACAUUAUUCCUUUUGAUCCUAAAUCAGUAUGGGAAGCAAUGGAGGAGUGUCAAGGUCUUGGCCUAACGAAAUCUAUAGGAGUAAGCAAUUUCUCAUGUAAGAAACUCGAAACCAUUCUUUCCACUGCCAAAAUCCCUCCUGCAGUGAACCAAGUGGAGAUGAACCCACUGUGGCAACAAAAGAAACUGAGGAAGUUUUGCGAGGAGAAGGGCAUACUUGUGGAGGCUUACUCUCCUUUGGGGGCCAAAGGAACGGCGUGGGGAACAAAUCGGGUGAUGGAAUGUGAGGUACUCAAAGAAAUUGCUCAAGCCAAGGGAAAAUCGCUUGCUCAGGUUUGUUUGAGAUGGGCACACGAACAAGGAGUGUGUGCGCUUGUGAAGAGCUUCAACAAGGAAAGGAUGAAACAAAACCUUGAUAUUUUUGAUUGGAAGCUCACUGCUGAUGAGUCGCAUAAAAUAAGCCAACUCCCACAGUGCAAAGGGUUUCCAGGUGCGGCAUUUUUAUCAGAUGACGGCCCUUACAAGUCUGUUGAAGAGCUUUGGGAUGGAGAGAUAUGAAUUUCAUUAUCCACUGGAUUUAUUACAAAUAAACCAAUUAGAUCCUUAGUCCGUUGAAGUGCAAAGGGUUUGCGUGAUGAUAGAUCAGCAUCCUUUGAAACCUAAGAAACCUUGUGCAAGUUCCUUUCCUAGAACAUCUUCAAACUAAUAAGUGAAACAAAACCUGUUGGUAUUAACAGAUGGAUUUUUCUGCAAUAUGAAUUUUCUCUAGAGUGGUUUCCAAUCUAUAUCAUAUGUUAAAAGGAUAAAAUUAAUUAAUUUAAUUAAAAUAUUUUUCGUU